AUGGAGUUCCACCUGCUCACUGACUCGGAAGCCCGCAGCCCCGCACUCUCCCUCCCAGACUCCGGGACGCCUCAGCAGGAGCACGGCUGCCAGGGGCACGACCACAGCGACACAGAAAAGCCGCAGCAGAACCAGACCGAUGACUCCAACGCCGAGGACGGCUGCCUGAAGAAGAAGCAGCGCCGGCAGAGGACGCACUUCACCAGCCAGCAGCUGCAGGAGCUGGAGGCCACUUUCCAGAGGAACCGCUACCCUGACAUGAGCACCCGCGAGGAGAUCGCCGUCUGGACCAACCUGACCGAGGCCCGAGUGCGGGUGUGGUUCAAGAACCGCCGAGCCAAGUGGAGGAAGCGAGAGCGGAACCAGCAGGCGGAGCUGUGCAAGAGCAGCUUCGGGGCCCAGUUCAACGGACUGAUGCAGCCGUACGAUGAGGUGUACGGCGGCUACUCGUACAACAGCUGGGCCACCAAGGGCCUGGCGGCCAGCCCGCUGCCGGCCAAGAGCUUCCCCUUCUUCAACUCGGUGAGCGUCAACCCACUCUCGUCGCAGCCCGUCUUCUCCGCGCCCAGCUCCAUCGGCUCCGUGCCCGUGGCCUCCUCCAUGGUCCCCUCCACCGUGACCGGCGUGCCCGGCCCGGCCCUCGGCACCCUCGGCAGCCCCGGCCUGAGCCCCGCCGCCUCGUCCAGCGCCUGCCCCUACGCCAGCCCCUGCGUGUACCGGGACACGUGCAACUCCAGCCUGGCCAGCCUGCGGCUGAAGGCGAAGCAGCACGCCAACUUCACCUACCCGGCGGUGCAGACGGCAGCCGCCUCUGGGCUGAGCCCCUGCCAGUACGCGAUGGACAGGCCCGUAUGA